GAGCUCACUCAGUUCUCAUUCGUAAUUCGACAAGCAAAGUUCGUCCCAUCCCGCAUACUCAACCUCGAAUCUUCUUACCAACAAAAAUUCGAUAAAUCCCACUCAAAAAAUGGCAAGACCAUCAAGCCGCAGCAUCCCCCGCGUCGCCCUCGCCCCUCCCUCGACUCCUGCACCCGAGAACCAAAGAAGACUGGCCUUUUCCAGAAUAAACAACAUCGUCACGGGUGUGGGCGUAUCUAACCCGGCGCCAGUGGACAGCAACAACAACAGCCGCCACGAGAGGUUCCGGAUCUUUAUCAGCGUCAUCAACUACAACGAUCGUCGAUCGGCAACUUCUAAUGCCGAUCCAACCGUCGCAAACACUAGAAGGAUCGAGAGGAGCGUCAGAAACCGAUCCGCUGCUUCGAGGCCGUCUCAACGUCCUGAAGGAGCUAGAGGCAGAAGUGCCAGGAGGGCUGAGAGAGAACAGCAGGAAGAGGAAGAGGAGGAGGAGGACGAGGUGGAUAGCGAGGACGACGAGUUUACCUCGUCGAGGAGAUCGUCGAGGAGGAGAGGAAAGUGCGACCACAAUCACGCGCUGGAGAAGAGCUUCUGUUCGAAGUGUCACAUUCGGCGUCGUCAUCUGUGCCGCUGGUGGUGUCGACAGCAGUAUCGCCGGCAGGUCUGAAAGAUACACGCACACACACACACACACGUACACCAAUUCCGUCGAGCUGGCUGUGACAGCUUAGAAUUGGCAAACUUCGAGGGCGACGAACCGAGGAAAGCGCUUAUUCGUCGAGGCUCUUGCUUUCGUUACUGUGAUCGACAUCAGACUAUUCGAUUUUUUAAUUUAUUGAUUAUAAUAUUCACACCCCGUUGACUAGUCUGACGUUCAGCGUGAAUUUACUUUUAUCUAUAUAUAAGCAAUUUUCCAUUGUCUAACGGUUUGGAAGACUGUGUUUUUAAACGUAGCAUAUAAAAUAAAUUUAUUUUCAUUACUAUUCUACGA